AUGUUUCCGCUCUCCCUGCCACCCAUCUUCCCUACGGCCUACUGCGAUGCGGAUCAGCCCGCUCCGACGCCUGCGCGCGCCGUAUCGGCCCUGCGACACAUCAAGAGCGCAGUGGGCGUGCCAGAGACUGAGAUGAAGCGGUGGCGGCGCACGUUCGACGGGAAUGCAACGACCGUCGUAGAUGGACAAAAGUUUCUGAACAGCGAACAGUUCGUGAACGCGAUCGCGCCGUCGGGCGACAUGAUGAAGAUCGGGCGUGCGCAGUAUGCGAUUCUCUUCCGCGUCGCGGACGCGAGCAAGCGCGGGCUGGUGUCGUGGGAGGACUUUGUCGUGUUCGAGACGCUGCUGAAGCGCCCCGACGCGGACUACUGGAUAGCGUUCCAAUAUUUCGACGUAGACGACUCGGGUACUAUCACAUACGACGAGUUCCAGAAUGUAUUCAAGGCGAACGUUGGCCCCGACGCGAUUCCCUUCGACUUUGACUGCGACUGGGUGAAGCUGUACCUUGGGACUAAGAACGGCCACCAUGUCCUUGGAUACAAUGAGUUCACGCAGUUGAUGAAGGGCCUCCAGGGCGAGCGCCUACGCCAGGCGUUCAGAUAUCUAGACAAGGACCAAGAUGGUUUCAUUAGACCGGAACAGUUCAAGAGGAUUAUCCUAGAAAUUGCUGGACAUAAACUAUCUGAUGCAGUCAUAGAAAGGCUUCCGACUCUCACUGUUAUCUCCCCCGGUGGGCGGAUAUCGUACUCCGAAGUAGUGGCGUUUCAUAACACGGUUAGAGAGAUGGACAUUAUUGAGCGAAUAAUUCGAGAAGCCAUCGCUAAAUCAAAAGAUGGUCGUAUCGACCAGUCGGACUUCCUCAACCAUUGCGAGACCAGUACAAGGUAUUCCCUCUUUACGCCCAUGGAGGCGUCUAUCAUAUUCCAUUUCGCGGGGCGCGGAAAUGCUUCGCAGCGCCUCUCGCUGAUGGACUUCGCGUCCCUGCUUGAUCCACGGUGGAAGGCACCCCUGGAACGGGAGGAAAAGGAGACGACAUCGGCGAAGUCCUUGCUCCAUGGGGUCGCACACUCUGUAUACAAUUUCGUUCAAGGAGGUAUGGCGGGAGCAUUUGGCGCAACGAUUGUGUACCCAAUUGAUCUUGGUAAUUGGCUCUCAGGGCCAUCGCGAUUUUUACGAGAUAUGCUGAUCUGGCCUGCUACUCGUACCGCAAAUGCCGCUAUAGACGCGCGGAGUACGGUGGUCGGCCAAUUGCUGUACAAGAACAGCUGGGAUUGCGUGCAAAAGGUCCUUCGUAAUGAAGGCCUACGUGGAUUUUAUCGGGGGCUCGGGCCGCAGCUCAUUGGCGUUGCACCGGAGAAGGCCAUCAAGCUCACAGUAAAUGACUUUGUCCGCUCACGGGCCAUGGAUCCGGAGACGGGCAGGAUCAAGUUAUUCUGGGAACUGGUGGCUGGCGGUACGGCAGGAGGCUGUCAAGUGGUGUUCACGAACCCGCUUGAAAUUGUCAAGAUUCGUUUGCAGAUUCAGGGUGAAGCCGCAAAGCUUGAAGGGGCUGCGCCCAAAGGUGCAGUUCACAUCAUCCGGCAGUUGGGGUUGCUUGGAUUGUACAAGGGCGCGAGUGCCUGCUUGCUCCGCGACAUUCCUUUCUCCGCGAUCUACUUCCCUGCGUACUCUCAUCUGAAGAAAGAUGUCUUCCGCGAAGGCUACAACGGCAAACAACUAUCAUUCAUGGAGACGCUCGCGUCUGCCGCGAUAGCAGGCAUGCCAGCUGCUUACCUUACAACGCCUGCAGAUGUUGUCAAGACGCGACUGCAGGUGGAAGCCCGCUCGGGACAGACCCACUACAAGGGCAUGGGAGAUGCGUUCGUCAAAAUCUAUCAGGAAGAAGGAUUCAAGGCGUUCUUCAAAGGAGGACCUGCACGAAUCAUUCGCAGCAGUCCCCAAUUUGGGUUCACGCUCGUCGCGUACGAGUAUCUGCACAAGUUCCUCCCGUAUCCAUUCGACGGCCAGAGCAGAGAGGUGGAGACGGCUCUCACCAGUCCUCGCGAAGACAUGGCCAAGAUUCGUGCACGGAAUGCGCUCAAGAUUUUGUUGGACGUGCACGGCGACUUUGGGCGGCGUACAACGUGA